CGGCUUGGCCACUUGUGGAAGCAAGCAGAAGGCAGAGCGAGAGGCGCAAGUUCAAGGUGUGCGCUUGAGCGAGAGGUAUAAUUACGUGGUCUGCUGCCUGGCGUUCCAGAAGACGUCAUUUUUAGCUUGACCGCUCUAACGAGAGACAGGCACUAUGGGCGACAUCACCAACGAUAACAUCUUCGACAGCUCACAGGUGACGGCGGCAGCGGUGAAAACAAAGGAAGAGCCACCCGCGACCGCGGCCCGUCGCCAGAGCUUCGGACUUUGCUCAUCUGCUAAGCGUCGUGGAAGUGUCUUCGCCAUCUCGGCCGCUUGGCGCUUGGUCGCGUCCACAAGGCAACCAGGGACACAGGCGCCAAGCGGGGACGUACUCACCAAGUGCGUGCCGCCGCAGAAGCCUUUGUCGCGGCUGCUGCUGCUACCCUGCAGAGAACGGGUACGGAAGCUACAUCAAGGCCGAAACGGCCAAAGUGCCGCUGGAUACCGUCACCGUGGAGAACGUGUCCACCAUCGACCUGUAGACCGAUAUGUAUGUCUUGAAGAACCUGCCAGACCCAGCGACCAUUGUGUACGCGGAGUGGGGCAGCAUGCAGGCAGCCUCAGGCAACGACAAUGCGUAUGGAUGCUGCAAGGAGGCGCCUACCCCGCCACCGCAAUGAGUCCGUAAGCAGGCGUCGAUGCCAGAGCAGCGACCAACUGCUAAGUACACUGAACAGUGUAUAUAGCAGAGCUUGUUCUUGGGGGAUAGCCGGUUCACACUUAAAGCAAUAACAGUAGCGUGUACAGGACGGACACAAGAAAGGCGACAGGGUGCUGGACCCCCUCACACAGUGAAAUAAACCCCCCGUGAGUUCGUUUGGUAACCUUUCUUGUCUCCGUCUCGUAAACGCUGCAUAAUCACUAAUCUGGGUAUACGUAAAUAUGAACAAAACUAUGGGAAAGAAAAUUGCGGCUACAAGCGGUGGCCACAGACAAUCUGCGGGCCAUGUAAAUUCCAUGUCACACAAUGCUGCACAUCCUGCUUUUCUCUGCCGGUGUGAGGAACGCUCUCACGCUGUGUGUGUGGGUGCAGGAGGGUGCACUCCCCGACCGACAGUGCACCGGCGCGUGGCCGUCGACGGCGAUGAGCACGCCGUGUGCGAGGCCCAAUUGGGCCGCUGGUCCUCGCUGCUGCCCGUGGGCACGGUGGUGCGCAGACCCUCGGUCAAGCUGGUGCAGCUUAUCGUGCAGGCCAUACACGAGAGCCCGCACCGGGUGCUGCGAAUCACGCACGUCUACGCCGCGCUACAGAACAGAUACCCUUACUUCAGGCUCCAGGACAAGAAGGGCAUCAGCAGCUGGAAGGGCUUGGUGCGACACGCUCUCUUCCAAAAGUGGUUCCUGAAACUCAGCCCCACGUCCGGAAUGUACGAGAUGGUUUGGCCCACGAAUUUCUUCUGGGGCCUCAACUACAGCAACAGGCCCCGUCAAUGGCAGAUGCCCCGAGAACUGCCGCAGCCGUUCCUGCUGACCGACAACGAAGGGGAGCAGCGGAACGACGAGGCGUCCACUGUGCUCUCGAGCCACCUGAACACCGAGCCACCGAGUGAGAUGACUACAGUGCUGCUGCCUUCGGCCUUCUGCGUCAAACUGGAGCACGAGCUUUUCCCGCCACCGGAACCCCGGGCCGCAAGCGCAAACUGUCUGCCGUCCAGUGCUGCGAGUUCGUGCCGGUGAUGACGUUGGCUCCGCAGUCGGUGGACGACCUGGUCUCCGUGGGCAGCCCUCCUUCCUCGCUGCCCCACAUCGCGCCGGCGGACUCGAAGUCCGAGAGCAUGAAUCCGGUCGGCUGGCCAGCGCCAGGGAGAGCGGAGAAGCAAGCCAGGCAGCAGCCAAAUGUCAGCGCCCAUGCCGCGCCGCCCAGCGUAUGGGGCGUCGUUUACAGCAAACGGAGUGAAGUCAACGGCAGCGGCCACAUAACCCUGAAGGUGGCGAACCAACGCGGGUGCACCAUCUAAUUCAAUGUAUGGAGGCGUAGUCCCCUACGGAGGCUCAUGCGAGUCUAUUGCAGGUCUGAGGGUCUGAACAUCCAGACUGUCAGGUUCCGGUUUGACGGCCAGCUGAUCAAUGAGACGGACACACCAGCAGGACUUGACAUGGAGGAUGAGGACACCAUUGACGUCUU